GGGGCGUUGCUGCUUUUGUAAUUCACCAAUCGAAUCAGAUUCCUCAGUUCGCAAAGUGCUUCAUUGAACAACGAUUCUGGUGAUUCCACUUGCCCAGACACUCAUACUCUCACGACAAACAAAAUGGCAACUGUUCGACACGCAAGACGCGGGGAUGCGAAGACGAUCCUAGACUUCAUCCAGGAGCUCGCCGACUACGAGAAGGAGUCCGACUCCGUGCUGGCCACCGUCGAGACCCUGCAAAACACAAUUGCCUUUGCGCCGGCAGACGUCGUCAGCCCCCAGAACCACCUGCCCGUGACCGAGCCCAUCACAGCCACUCGUCCCGCACGAUGCCUCCUCCUCAUCGACGCACAAGGCAAGGCCGUAGGAAUGGCUCUUUAUUUCUACAACUAUAGUACAUGGCGAUCCAAGGCUGGCAUCUACCUGGAGGAUCUCUAUGUGUCUCAGUCAGAGCGCAACAAGGGAUACGGCAAGAUCUUGCUGUCGGCGCUGGCCAAGGAGGUUCUUGCUAUGGGCGGUGGUCGUUUGGAUUGGUCUGUGCUGAAGUGGAAUGAGCCCAGUAUCAAGUUCUAUGAGAUCAUUGGAGCCACUGCAAUGAACGACUGGGUGGGAAUGCGAAUGGAUGGACCUGACGCCCUGGGCAAGCUUGCCAAGCUUGCCUAAAGUGUUUGUAUAUAUAUGCGAGCCAAUAGAAGUAUAUAAAAAAGGACGAAAAAAAAUAUCAAAAUGGUAUAUUUCACGACG